AUGAAGUCUGAGACGUCGCUCGUUCUUGACCCCGAGCCGGAACCACAGGCGAAUGGCAAGGAUAAGGGAGUAGAGGAGUUACGCCCCCAAAAAACCCGCCAUCAAAAAAACCUCUCCGCCCUCCAAUUCCCCACCCACAACCCCUCCUCAACGCCCCUCACAUCCCCCCUCCUCCUCCUCCACACCGCGCUCACCACCCGUAAAGGGUUGGUGCGUGAUUUGGAAGAGCUAAGGGUGGAUUUGGAGGAAGAUGCGGUUGCUUGGGCGGGGUUGGUUAAUGGGUUGACUGGGAAGGUGAACGUUGGGGACGAUGGGGAUAGGGAAGCUGAUGGAUAUAAUAAUAUCCAAACCCUCGCCUCCCUCCUCCCACCUCUCCUCCAAUCCCUCUCAGCCCACCUCCAAUCUUCCUCCUCCUCCCUCCUCCCUCUCAUCCCCUUUCUCUCCCCUCCAUCCCCUUCUUCUCCGUCAAAACCAAAACUCAUAUCUGUGACAGAAGAACAAGCAGGCGAAGGAUAUUAUGCAAAGCUCUUCUUGGAAAAGAUGAAUUUGAAGAUGGGGAAGAAGGCGGGGCAUGUUUGGGAUGGCGGUGGGGUGGAGGGGGAGGGUUGGAGGAGGGUUAGGGAGGGGGAAGGGGAGAAGUGGGUUGGUAUGAAAGAGUUUUCGGAAAAGGUAUUUUUGAUAUCGCAUACGGCUUUGCAGAACUUGCCUCUUCUGCCAUACCCCCCUCGUUCCCCUCUACCUUACCUACCCAUCGCUCCGUCACCCACAGUCGCGCCCAAUGCUACAUCCCCCCGCCAAAUCCGCUUUUCCCCACCCCCCUUCUCCUACCCCAACUCUCCUCCUCCCUCUUCCUCUUCCUCUCCCUUCCCCACCUCUUCCCCUCCUCCCCACCCGCUCUUCUCCCCCCCACCAGCCAUCUCUACAGCUCUAAGAGGCCUCGCCCUCCAAGCCCGCCUGAUCAUCGCCAAACGCCGCGCCGACAACCUCUCCGCCGGCGGCCGUGGCUAUUGGGAGUUGAAGCUGGGUGAUGAGUUGGAGGGGAUGUAUGUGUUGGGGGGUGUGCAGCGGCCUUUGGGGGAGGGGGACUAUGUUGAUUUUACUUUGCCUUCUCCUCAAGCUGAGGGUGGAGGGGGGGAAGGGGAAGGGGAUGGGGAUGGGGAUGGGGUAGAGGUGAGGGUGGUGGGAGGGAUAAGGGUUAGAGGGAGUGUACCCGAACCGGAGAACGCGGAAGCCGCCGAACCUUUACAUAUCUUUCCUGGUGGUGAUAUGCAGGAGAAGGAGAGAGGGCAUAAAAGGUCAGCGUCUCUUUUUUCGAGAGUGUUGAGUUUGAGAGGGAGAGAGAGGACGGUGUCGAUGCAGGGGCGGGGGAAGACGAGCCCCGAGAGGGUCGGUGGAGAGGGGGCGGGGGAGGUUAUGGAGUUGAAGAGAUUGAGGAAGAAGAGCAUGUAA